UUGGACUAUAUGUGGAUGAAGAUGACAGAAAUUUGGGACCUAAUUGACUCUAAAAUGGAGCACGCGGGAAGUAGGCUAUACAUUUAAAACGAGUUAUCUGCUGUUCCUUUGAGGCUCGUCAUGGCUCUCUCCCAGAUCCAGUGUCUGGAUGAUAACCACGUGAACCUGCGCACGAGCGAGUCCAAGCCGGAGUUCUUAUACUGCGAGGACCAACGCCUCGCGCUCGAGGCUCUCCUUCAGAAUGGCCGCGAGGCGUUCUUCAAGUACCUGGACUCGCGCGGGGUACGGGGUUUCCUCUCGGACCCGGAGCUGGCCGCUCUCAUCGGGGAGGCGGAACCCUUUGACCCGGGUUCGGAGCUGGUCCAGGGGAGCGUGGAGGACGAGCCGGUACCGCUGUCCCUGCACUACUGGCCAGAACUUUCGGACACCUCCGUCCCGCAGAUGGACCUGGGCUGGCCCAGCUGCGACUCGUACCGCGGGGUGACACGCACGUCUGUGUACACGCAGCCGCCGCUGGAAGGGCAGGCGCACAUCAAAGAGGUCGUCCGAAAAAUGAUUGCGCAGGCCCAGAAGGUCAUAGCUGUGGUGAUGGAUAUCUUCACUGAUGUGGACAUCUUCAGAGAUCUGUUGGACGCUGGCUUUAAAAGGAAGGUGUCUGUUUACAUCCUGCUGGAGCGUACUGCGCUGCCUCAUUUCCUGUCCAUGUGCCAGAGGGCUGGCAUGCACGCCGGACAUCUCAAAAAUCUACGGGUGCGCUGCUCCCAGGGUGCGGAGUUCUUCAGUCGCCACUGCAAGAAGGUCAGAGGGCGAAUGGGGCACAGAUUCAUGUUCAUCGAUGGGGACAAAGCAGUGUCGGGAUCAUACAGUUUCACCUGGAUGUCUUCCCGGCUGGACAGAAAUCUCAUCACUAUGAUUACGGGUCAGGCAGUGGAAGGCUUCGACAAACUCUUUCGCUGUCUGUACGUAAACUCCAGUUCUGUUGACCUCCGACAAGUGGCCACAGAGCCGGAACCUGAACCAGACCUCCGGCCCUACCUCGCCCCUGUGGUAACCCCUUCUGCCGCAGUUCUCAGAAAGAUGCACAACCCUAAAUAUGCCCUGGUUGCUUUGACAAACCCCAGCGUCACUGCUUCUGCUGGCGACGAUAGUCCUAAAGUGGCAGAGAUCUCAGAAAACAACAAGAAGAAGAGGCAAAAGGAGAAGGCCACACCAGAUCCUCCUGCACUUCACCCUGGACUAAUACAUUUGGAGAAGGCCAGUUUAAUAUCGUACUUGCCCAUCUGGCCAGAGCCAGACCCAACAAGUGAUAUAAUAGGGUUUAUUAAUAUUCGUGAUACCAACAAACCCCUACAAGUCCAUUUACAGCGCUCAGAGAUGUUUGAAACCAGUCAAGCAAUUAGGUUUAGUAGUCCACUCAGCAAACCUGAGGAGAACUUAGCUGAGACCCCGAUCGCCAGACAGCUUAGCUGUAAACAAGACAAGAUAAAUAUAGCAGAAGAGCAAGCACACAAACAUGAGGAGCUGGUGGUGGACAAGGCCCAAGCAGAACCGCACAAUGAUCCAGGUGGACUUAAAAGUAGAGACAAUGUGUUUGAGCAUGACAAAGGUCAAAGUGAGACUUCCAAAACUGAAAAUAAAGUUCUUUCAAACACAAAUUUAGGCCCUAAAAAACAGUAUGUCAGUGUUCUCACAAUCCAACAAUCCAACAAAGAAUCAUUGAUGCCUAACAGGGAGAGACCUUUACACAAAGCACAUCCUAUUUUGGCAAAUAAACUGAAUUCCACCUCAAUUUCAGAUGUAGACAUGAAGGAAGAAGACAAAUCUUUAACAAACCUAAAUGCACAAAGUGCUGCUUUGUGCACAGCACCCACUGUGGUGUCAAACAGUGGGCAACGGUCUCCACUGCCUGACUCAAACGCAGCGAAGGACACUUUGGAAAGUGCUUUGCAGUCACAGGUACAAGCUGUUAACAUGCAGCUCGAAGUCUCAUCUGAAAUAACUCCUAACCCUCAGACUACCAAUGUUGAAAAUCCCAUUUUCACAUCCUCUGCUUCUAACAUACAGCCAAAGACCUCCACCUCUGUUUCCAAAAAUAGCUCUGUGGCCAUUACAACUCUGCACUCAAGCCCAGCUUCUAGUCUUCACACUAAUGUUUCUUCAACCACCUCCACCUCUUCACUCUCUAAUAUCACCAGUAUAAAGCAAAAUACUCCAGCUUCUACAUUUUCCCCUUCUACGCCUUCAUUUUUAGCAUCAAAUCCUUCCAUCCCAAAUCGCCACAGUGUUGAGUUGAUUAUCAAAGACACCAUCAACAAUGGCCAGACGGAGAUCUAUGUCAGAAAGCCAGGGUCUAGUUUAGACCUUCAAACCCUUCACAAUGAGUCUGCUGUAGAAAAAAGGCAGCAAAAAUCUCAGAUAAAGACAACAGAAAUUGUCCUGGAACAACUGAAUAACAUUUCAGACAAAUCAGUAGACAGUAAGAGGACAAACAACCCCCAAAAUGAUCAGUACUUAACUAAACUUCCAACACAAUCAGAUUGUUUGGUUACUGGUGCAGAAAACAUAGCCAGAAGUCAAGAAUCUAUUCCAAACGACUCUAAAACAAGAACAGGGACAAAGACUUUAACGCUCAUGUAUACAGACGCCAAGACAUCAGAAGUAAACCUGAAAAGCUGCAAAUCUGCAGACGAUGUGACAGAGUGUCAUCCUUAUUUAGCAAAAUCCCACGAACUUCAUAGAGUAUCAUGUAGUGUUUGGACUUCAAAGGACAAUUGUGAGUCACAAGAUGUUGACAUCCUAAAAGCAGGAAUGAAAAGCAGCCCAACUACUUCUAAAAAUAGUCAUUUUGAAAGAACACAAAAGUUUGUGACAGACACAUUGGGGCUACAGGAGGGAGUACGGUCAGCAUCUGCAUACUCUAAUGACCGCAGGGCAAAAGAUGCAAAGGCUAACACUUGCCAAACACAAGAAAACACACAUAAUCCUAGACAAUCUGUCCAGUUUUCCGAUGCUCAUCAACCAGACUUGCAUGAAGAAGAGUUCCAGUUUGUCACAACAGUUGUACGAACCCCCAAUGCUUUACCCCUACGGUCCUUCACCCCUGAAGAAAACAACGAACAUGUCUCAACCAGAAGGGAUUCUACCCACUCUGCCACCUCUGAAGAGUAUUACGAAUGCACUAGCUCUCCAUUGCACGACCCUGUAGACCAAAGCAUUCCUGACGUUCACGAGAGAAAGGACUCUACCGGUGUGUCGGAUGCUACGUCCAACAUCUCCUCUCCUUCAUUCCUUAGUCAUGGUCUUUGUUUAUCUCCAUCAAACACUGAUAACCUGAGCAAAGGACAAAUAAAUGAAAGAAAGGACACAGUCAAAGAAGUGAAGACGGAUGUUAAAGAGAUGAAACCAGACAGUGAGGAGCCUAAACAAACGAUCCAAUCCGAUCUGUCUGAACUAACAGUCAAAGACUCUGAAUUCAAAGCUCCCACAGAAACUCAUCUACCAAGCCAAACUGUAUCUGAUAGUCUGAUUGGUGGAGACAGGGUUGAAGGGGAACCAAUCAGACAGGAAUCAGCGCUUAAGAAGUUACCGACAGUUGAUCUGAAACUUGAGAUGAUUUCCACAGAGGGCAGGAGACCAAGGAAAGCCUCCCCAGCGAGGGGGAAAGGAUUAAGAACCAGCAGCACAGAGAGAGCAGGGACUCAGCCGUCCACAGAAGCUGAUCGGCAGAAGCUUUGGCAUUCUCCCCCGAAAGCUCAGAGGCCUCAGCAGCCGAACAGAGGACCCUCCCCGUCCUCCCAACAACGAAGGACUCCACCCCUCACUGCCUCCCAGCUUUUAGGAGCUCGUUCGUCCAAAAGUUUGAACCAGACAGAAACCAGUGUCCAAAUCACAGACAGAUCUCCUCGCCGAGCACAAUCCAGAUCCCCUUCUCCAGGACCCGGGAGAGAUCCCGUUGGAUCAGGCAGUCGGAGGCUGAGUCAGCACAGCCUCUCCAUGCAACAGCCUCCAGCAGCUCAGACCAGAGGAAGAGUUGCCCAACCACAGAGCCACACCCCCUACCCCAAACCCAGGACCUCCUUCCUCCACACCUACUCUAGACUGCAGACGCAGGUUCAUUCCCAGUCGCAGAAACAUCUGGCUUCUUCUGCACAGAAAAACCUGGAGCAGGAAGGAGGAACUAGACCACCCGACGGGGCUUUCAGUCAACUUGACAGCCUGAAGGACCUGAAGGAUAAAAUGAUCAAGCUGUCGGCACAGAGCAAGAGGAGCAGCGCCAGCUCCCCGGUAAAGACACGUGGGGGCUCAAGUUAGUGAGGGUCCAUGCCCCAUCCUGCCAUCAAAGGUUCCAUCAAUCAUUUUAAUGGAUGAACAAACAAACAAACCUAAAAGUUUUUGUAAUUACAACAAUAAAUCUCCAGUAACAUUUGAAUCUAGCAAAGGAAAGUUGUUUCCUGGUUUAUUUACUUUUUGUCAACAAAUUUUAAGCUUUCCUGUCACUUCUGUUUCAGUUAUUUUAUUUUUGUUUUCUAUGUUAACUUCUAAUGCUUCACUUCUUUCCUUUGUGGGAUCAAUACAGUUUUUUUCUUUGUAAUUCUAUUCUUAAUAAUAGGCCUCGUCACUGUAUCUCUGUGCAUUCAAAAUCCCAUCAAAAAAUUGCUCCUGUGUUGUUCGUCCUAAACAUACACCUGCCCAAACCAUAAUCCCCCCACCACCAUUGGCUACAAUCAAAAACAGUAUCAACUGUAUGCCAAGAAGAUGUGGUUUACUGCAUGAGGCAAAUGAUGGUCACACCAGAUACUAACCUCUGUCCUGAGUCUUCAGACUCCCCCCAAUUCAACAAAACAACAUGUUUCCAAGUGGCCUUUUAUUGUGGCCAGUCUAAAGCACACCUGUGCAAUAAUCCUGCUAGAUUCUCAGCAUAUUGACAUGGCACUCCUAUGCAAAACUAAUGCUGACUACUCAGCUUUUAUAUAUGGCAUACUUAUACAAUAAUAAUGCUGACCACUCAGCAUCUUAAUAUGGCACUCCUGUACAAUAAACAUACUGACUACUCACCAUCUAAAAAUGGCACACCUGUGCAAUAAUCAUGCUGACCACUCACCAUCUAAAAUGGCAUACCUGUGCAAUAAUCAUGCUGACCACUCAGCAACUUAAUAUGGCACACCUGUGCAAUAAUCUUACUGACUACUCACCAUCUAAAAAUGGCACACCUGUGCAAUAAUCAUGCUGACCACUGAGCAACCUAAUAUGGCACAUCUGUGCAAAAAUCAUACUGACUACUCACCAUCUAAAAAUGGCACACCUGUGCAAUAAUCAUGCUGACUACUCACCAUCUAAAAAUGGCACACCUGUGCAAUAAUCAUGCUGACCACUCAGCAACCUAAUAUGGCACACCUGUGCAAUAAUCAUACUGACUACUCACCAUCUAAAAAUGGUACAUCUGUGCAAUAAUAAUGCCGACUACUCAACUUUUAUACAUGGCACACAUACGCAACGAUAAUGCUGACCACUCAGCAUCUUGGCAUGGCACACCUGUGCUAUUAUCAAGCUGACUAAUCACCGUCUUGAUAUCACACACCGGUUCAAUAAUAAUGCAGACCCCUCAGCUUUUUUACAUGGCACACCUGUGCAAUAUUAAUACUUGUCAGGGAGACAAGACAUGGUGGCAGAAACUCAAAGAUGUACUUAAUAAACUCAAACUGACAAAACCAGGAGAAAACAAACCAAUGAUAGAGCAGAGUAGAUGACCUGACAAUGAGAACUGAAAACCAGACACUUAAAUACACAGAGGUUGAUUAACUAAAUGAAAACAGCUGUGGAUGAUUAACCUGAACAUUGUGAGAAUAACGGGGAAAACAGAACAUGACAAACCCAAAGCACUGGAUCAUGAUAAUACUGACUACUUGACAUCUUGAGAUGGCACACCUGUGCAAUAAUCAUGCUGACUACUUAGCAUUUUUAUAUGGCACACCUGUGAUGUGAGAUUAUUCCUUCAAAAGUGCUUACAAUCACAGUUUUAAACAGAUAUGUGAACAAUAUUUGAGAAAAAUGAUUAUUUUGUGUUUGUAGAAAAUGUUUCAGAUAUUUGAGUUCAUCUUAUGACAAAUUGGGGCAAAGACAAAAGUGUUGUUUACAUUCAUGCUCUUGCACUCUUUACCUGGAUUCACCUAAAGGACAAUUUUAUUGUCCUAAAGUGGGAUUUUAUGGAGCUAAAUGUUGGAUUAAGAAAUAAUAUUGAGUAUUAAAUUGUUAAGAAAAGUUCAUCCCUUGGCUACUUAUGUUUUUUUUUUUAUCUGUAACUUGAAAAAUGAAAAACUUCCAAACUCAGCAGUGUUUGGUUGAUUAUUUCAGACCCCUUUUACCCUGAUGAGAAUAUUUCAUGGUGAUGAUUCAGGUAUGAUUUAUUGGAAAGCAAAUUAUCUAAAUGUUUUAGUCCUAAAGGAAAAAUCAUAUAAAGUAUCAAAGCAACAGGGAGGAGUCAAGGAUGAAAUCACUCAUUACAUUUUAUUUUGUUUAUUUCAAAUUAAAAUUCAAAGACCCAUUCUGAUGA